GAGACGGAAGACUAGGCUCCGGGGCCUCAGCAGCUCAGCUCCGGAGCCCCGCUCCCUGGCCCGCGGCGGGGAUGGACUGAAGCGCCGCCAGCCAGCCCGCCCGCCUGCCUGCGAUCUCCCGCCCCUCCUCCAGCCCGGGGCCCCGAAGCAGCCGCAGCCAGCAGAGGCCCCCCCCUCCCCUCCAUCCUGCCUUCGGCCGUCUGCGCCGAGCCAAACCAUGACUGCCAGGUUAAUGAAGAUCCUGCUGCCGCUGCUGCUGGGAUUGCUUUGCCAAGAGCCACAGGCGCAAGGAUGCCCAGCAGGCUGCCAGUGCAACCAGCCCCAGAUUGUCUUUUGCAUCGCCCGCAAGGGCACCACGGUCCCCAGCGAUGUGCCCCCCGACACGGCCGACCUCUACGUCUUUGAGAACGGUAUCACCACCCUGGACUCGGGAAGCUUUGUGGGCCUCCCUGCCCUGCAGCUCCUCGACCUGUCGCAGAACCAAAUCACCACCCUCCACGGCGGAGUCUUUCAGCCUCUAGCCAACCUCAGCAACUUGGACCUGUCUUCCAACCAGCUGCAGGAGAUCACCAACGAGACGUUCCGGGGCCUUCGCCUGCUGGAGCGCCUCUACCUGUCCCACAACCGCAUCCACCACAUCCAGGCGGACGCCUUCGACACUCUCGAGAGCCUUCUAGAGCUGAAGCUGGAAGACAACCAGCUUCAGGCGCUGCCCCCGCUGCCCCUGCCUCGCCUGCUAUUGCUGGAUCUCAGUCACAACCGUAUCCCGGCCCUGGAGGCAGGCACCUUUGGGAUGAGCAACAUAGAAUCGUUAAAGCUGGCGGGGCUGGGGCUGCGUCAGCUGGACGAAGAACUGUUCUUGGGCCUGAGGAACCUGCACGAGCUCGAUAUCUCCGAGAACCAGCUGGAAGGGGCCCCCGAGGUGCUUCGGGGCCUCCGGGGCCUCACCCGCCUCAAUCUGGCGGGCAACGCUCGCAUCACCCAGCUGCUGCCCGAAGACCUCCAAGGCCUGGCCAACCUGCAGGUGCUUGACCUCAGCAACCUGAGCCUGCAGGGCCUCCCUCGGGACUUCUUCAGCCGGUUCCCCCGGCUCCGAGAGGUCACGGCCGCCCGAAACCCCUUCAACUGCGUGUGCCAGCUGAGCUGGUUUGGGCAGUGGGCCCGGGAGAGCCGGGUGAUGCUGUGGAGCUCCGACGAGACCCGGUGCCACUUCCCCCCCAAGAACGCGGGGAAGCUCCUCCAGCACCUGGACUACGCGGACUUCGGCUGCCCCGCCACCACCACCACCGCCACCACGGCCCGGCCCUCCACCCUCUGGCCGACCCCGCCGCGCACCAGCCUCUCCCCGGCGGAGCCCAGCUCCCAGACGCCCACCGCGGCCCCCUCCGGCGGAGAGGGCCCCGGCCCGCUCUCAGCCACGGCCCCCACCGGCAGCACCGGCCCCCAGCGCAAGGACUGCCUCGCCCACGCCUGUCUCAAUGGCGGCACGUGCCGGCCGGGCGCCUGGCAUCGCCUCGAGUGCUUGUGCCCGGACGGUUUCUCGGGUCCGCGUUGUGAGGCGAAGGCCGAGCGGCCCACCCUGCCGCCGCCGCCCACCAGGCUGCCCGCUCGGGUGUCCCGGCUCGGGAUCGAGCAAGUGAGCGCCACCUCCUUGAGGGUGAAGCUCAAGAACUACACCCAGACCAAGGCCCAGCUGAAGGGCAUUCGCCUGACCUACCGAAACCUGUCGGGCCCCGACAAGAGGCCGGUGACCCUCAGCCUCCCCGCCACGCUGUCCGACUACACCGUCACCCAGCUUCGGCCCAACGCCACCUACUCCAUCUGCAUCGGGCCCCUCGGGGGGGCUCGCGGCCCCGACGCCGAGGAGGCCUGCGGGGAGGCCCGCACCGCCCCCUCGGCCCGCUACAACCACGCCCCCGUCACACAGACCAAGGAGGGCAACCUGCCGCUCAUGAUAGUGCCCGCGCUGGCCGCCCUCCUCCUAGGGGUGCUGGCCGCCGCGGGAGCCAUGUACUGCCUACGCCGGAGGGGCGCCCGGGACAAAGGGCGAGGGCAGCUGGGGGCGGAGGCCGGGCCCAUGGAACUGGGGGGGGUGAAGGCCCCGCUGGAGGACGCGGGCCCCAAGCUGCCCGAGGGCGUCGGGGUGCCACCGGGCGGCUCCGAGUGCGAGGUGCCUCUCAUGCACUACACUGCUGGGAACAACAACAGAGCCCCCGCCCCCAAGCCCUCCUACUUCUGAACCGUUCGGUUUUGCUUCAUUCUCCCCCACCAUGAAGGCUCUAAGGGCUGUGUGGCAAGCGACCAUAGGUAGAGAGAAGGGCCCCGGAGCUCCUGGGGGUCAGUCCUGGCCCUGCCGCUCACUGUGACUCUAGGAAGUCACUCUCUCUCUGGGCCUCAGUUUCCUCAUCUGUAAAAUGAGGGGGUUGGACUUGAUGAUCUUCAAGAUCGCUUCCAACUCUUAAGAUUCUAGGAUCCCACCUCCCUUCCCCCCCUUCCCCAACAGCGUGCAAUCUCCUGGAGCCACACAACCUCGCAGCCCUCUGCUCGCUCCCGGGUUUGGAGGCCCCCCGGGGCAGGGAGAGCCCACGGGGGGCCCCUGUGUGCUGGUAACACAGGCGUGAGCUUCUCAGGGGGCAGCUCCUGCCCACUCCCCUCCCUGAGGGAUCUUGGGGAGAAGGAGAGGGGAGGUUAGAAAAAGUGAAGGAAACUCUGCAGGAGGGGAGUAGGGUGCAGGUGGGGAAGAUACCCCCCUCCAAGGGUGCUGACUCUCCAACCUCAGCCUCGAGGAAGUGAAGGAACAAAAGAAACUGGAAAGAAGAUUAAGAACUUUUUUUUUUGGAAAAAUAUUUAUAUCAUAUUCUUUCCCAUUUCUUCUGGGAAAGCACUUUUCAAACCCAGAGGCAAGGACUUUGGUUUUUGUAAGACAGAUGAUGACAUGAAGGCCUUUUGUAAUAAAAAGAAAUAAAUGAAAUAAAAUCAGACAUCAAUCUGU